AUUUGGAGACAAAUUCCUCGAAUCCAGAACGACCCUGUACCCUCUACUGUCGCCUUCCACAAAUAGAUUUACCCAUAUCAGAGCCUAGGAAUGGGGCAUCAUAAUAGCCAAACCUUUACGGUACUGGGCACUUCAAGCUUUCCUGAAAGGAUCGAGUGUUGAUCCUGAAAGGAUUGAGUGUCGCGUGUGCCUGGAACAGGAAGAGGGUAGGGGAAAGGGGAGGACCUGGGGUACACUCCCAAGGCAGCAGGAGACUGCCACUACUCCCGCCAGUGUUUUGAAAAGUUGAAAGCGGAAGGAAUGCAAGAGACCAGUAGAGGCUAUUUUAACAGGCUGAGGCUUGUACAGAGUGCAGGCUGGUCAGGUGGAGAGCAGGCGGAUCUCAGGGGCAGAGGACUAAAGAGUGCUACAGUAGUGAGGUGUAGAGGUGAGGACCGGUUUCUGACCAAGGGAGCUUCUGGUGCCUUGCAGGGGGAUACUCCUGUCUGCAGGGUCACCACUGUCUGAAGGGAUUCUUCGUCACCAGGUUUCAAAUAGCUGUGCAACUGUGUUCGUCAGACAGGGGCAUAUGUAGGUCUGAAGUUCAGCAGUCGGGGCAGUGAAGGUACGCUGGCCUGGAGAGUGUGGUGAGGAGGGCAGUUAAAACAGUACCUGGGUGUCAUGGAAGGGCUGCUGACAAGAUGCAGAACACUGUCUGCCUUGGCUACCUGCAGCCGCCAGCACUUCAGGUACAUCAUCCGCAAGUGUUACCACUGUGCACCAAGAAGAGGGCAUCGCUUGGCACUAUCCCGCAUGUUCCAGCCACAGAACCUCCGGGAAGACCAAGUGCUUUCUGUGGAGGGCAGAGCCAGCAACUUGACCUGUAAGAGUCAGUGGCUGAUGCUGCAAGUGGGCCUGAUCCUCCCAGCAAGCCCUGGCUGUUACCAUCUCAUGCCCUACACAGUCCGUGCCAUGGAGAAGCUUGUACGGGUGAUAGACCAGGAGAUGCAGGCUGUUGGGGGCCAGAAAAUCAAUAUGCCCAGCCUCAGCCCAGCCGAGCUGUGGCGAGCCACCAGCCGUUGGGACCUGAUGGGCAGGGAGCUGCUGAGACUGAGGGACAGGCACGGCAAAGAAUACUGCUUAGGACCAACUCAUGAGGAAGCAGUUACAGCCCUGGUUGCCUCCCAGAAGCAACUGUCCUAUAAGCAGCUUCCCUUACUGCUCUACCAGGUUACCAGAAAGUUUCGGGAUGAGCCAAGGCCCCGUUUCGGUCUUCUCCGUGGCCGGGAGUUCUAUAUGAAGGACAUGUACACCUUUGACUCCUCCCCUGAGGCUGCUCAGGAGACCUAUGGCCUAGUGUGUGAUGCCUACUGUAGGCUUUUUGACAGGCUGGGGUUGCAAUGGUUGAAGGCCAGGGCAGAUGUGGGCAGCAUUGGGGGCACAAUGUCCCACGAAUUCCAGCUACCAGUGGACAUUGGAGAGGACCGGCUUGUCGUCUGCCCCAGCUGCCACUUUGCAGCCAACACAGAGACGCUAGACUUGUCACAAAAAAUCUGUCCUGACUGCCAGGGUCCACUGACAGAAACCAAAGGCAUUGAGGUGGGCCACACAUUCUACCUCGGUACCAAGUACUCCUCCAUUUUCAAUGCCCAGUUUACCAGUGCCAACGGGAAACCCUCACCGGCUGAAAUGGGGUGCUACGGCCUGGGAGUCACUCGGAUCCUGGCUGCUGCCAUCGAAGUUCUGUCUACAGAAGACUGCAUCCGCUGGCCCAGCCUCCUGGCGCCUUACCAAGUCUGCCUCAUCCCCCCGAAGAAGGGCAGUAAGGAGGCGGCAGCCACAGAGCUUGUGGAACACUUAUAUGACGACAUCACAGAGGCAGUGGCUCAGCUCCGAGGGGAGGUCCUGCUGGAUGACAGGACUCACCUGACCAUCGGAAACAGACUGAAAGAUGCCAACAAGCUUGGCUACCCCUUUGUGAUCGUUGCCGGCAAGAGGGCCCUGGAGGACCCUGCACACUUUGAGGUUUGGUGUCAGAACACGGGUGAGGUGGUCUUCCUCACCAAAGAGGGAGUCAUGGAACUACUGACUGCUGUCCCUGUUGUCUGAGUGCCCAGUCACACCUGUCCUUGGGGUCUGCUGUAAUGCCAUAGUUCCCACCACUCCUCUCUUGGCUGGUCGCUCCAGAAGUGGCUUCUCGUGGAAGGUGAGACCACAUUAGGGAAAUGUAUACUUACUCCUCGCUUGUGAUGGUUUUUACUUGUCAUUAACUUGAUCCUCACCUGGGCUGGCCAUGCUACCAUACACCAUUCCUUUUGCAUGUAGACUCUUGUGUUAGGAGACUGAAAGAUGAGAAAGAGACCUGAGACCUGGGAGACCUCAGCUCCCUCGAGCUGAGCUUCUAGGUGUAGGAUGGGAAUGGUUGAAAGCUGGGGCCAUGCUUCCCCAGCCCCAUCCCAUAGUCUGACCACAUGCCUUGCACUCCACUCAGUAUAGAGAGCAGGGCUACCCGCUCUUCUCCGCUGAGAAGCCACGAGCUCCGGAGAAGCAGGAAGCAGCUUGCUGCUAAGUCACUGGUGACUUGACGCCUGCUCCCCUGCUGGGCCUGGGAUUCCUGUUUGGACAUGGAGACGAGUCAGGUCUACAAGGUCCUUAGAGCGCUCAGAGUGGCUCCACUAGACACAUGGCUCUGGCUCCUCAUUCCUCUGGCUUCCCCAAAAGCAGCCAUACCUGCCCGAUGGCCCAGAACUACCUCCAGAGACUUGACCCUGCUGGGUCACUUCCGCACUGAGAUCAUGUUCCAUUGACUGAAUAAAGGCAAGCCUUUUGAUGAG